CCCCGCCGGGCCACGAACACACCCAGCAGGGUGUGAGCGGGCGGCACGGAGCGGAGCUGCUCGCCAGCACCCGCCCGGGAGCUCAGCCCAGCGAUCACCUGGCUGCUGGGUGCCCGCUGCUGGAGCCCGACGGGGAGCAGGUAUUUCCCCGCGGAAAGCACCGAGGGGGCGGCGGCGCGGCUGGCAGGGUGGACACUGACCCACUGUGACAGCCCUGCACCAUGGCAGACCCCCCCGGCUGCUGCCGCCCGUGUGCCACCUGCCUGCUGUGCCUCUACAGCUGCCAGUGGAUCACUGCCAAGAAGGAGAAGAGGAGGGGUCUGAAAACUACCAAGUGUGACUGCAGCUGGUUUCUCUUCCUCUUCUGCGUCUUCCUCUUCACACUGGUGUGGUUCUACAUUGCCAUCAUCAUCCUCAAUGAUUUCCACAACUUUAAUGACCCAGACUGCUCUGCAGCUGGAGGGGAGGUGCAGAUGGCUGACAGGGCCCUGCAGAAAUCCUGGGAAGCAGCACCAGCUUGUUCCCAACAGCCUGCAAAAUGCUCCCUACACACCUCACCCCUGCCCCUUCUGUCUCUUCCUCCAGGCCUCAAGGUGUUCCUGCUGCUUGCGUACUCUGCGGUGAUGAUCGCCCUGUACCUGGCUCCCCUGGGGAUCACCUCACCCUGCAUCAUGGAGGAGAACCAGCUGCCCCCCAAGCCGGCCCUGGUUGGCCACCGAGGAGCCCCUAUGCUGGCCCCUGAGAACACCCUCAUGUCUCUGCGCAAGGCGGUGGACUGCGAUGUGCAAGUCUUUGAGACAGACGUCAUGGUGAGUGCUGAUGGAGUCCCAUUCCUCAUGCACGAUGAGAAGCUCACUAGAACCACCAACGUGCAGACCGUGUUCCCUGAGAGAGCUGCCCUGAACAGCACUGCCUUCAACUGGACAGACCUCCAGCAGCUCAAUGCUGGCAGCUGGUUCCUGGAGCGGAGACCAUUUUCCAGCGUACUAAGUCUUUCGCACGGCGAUCGCGUGCAGGCGACUCGGCAGAAGAUCCCGUCCCUGGAACAGGUGCUGAAUGCAGCCAAGGAGAGCAAUAUCUCCAUCAUGUUUGACCUUCGGCCGGAGAACCACAGCGAUUACCAGAGCUUCGUCAAUGCCACCCUGGAAGUCAUCCUACAAUCCGGCAUCCCACUGCAGCAGGUCCUGUGGCUGCCGGAUGGGUUCAGGGAGCAGGUCAAGCAGCAAGUCCCAGGUGUUCAGCAGAUUUAUGGCCGGAAGAGACUGCAGGAUGAAAGGGAGCCACUGCUGCAUGUCAACCUGCCCUACCAAGAAAUGAGCUCCGAGGAGAUCAAGCAGUACCGCCAGGACAACAUCUCAGUCAACCUGUACGUGGUGAACCAGCCCUGGCUCUUCUCCGUGCUGUGGUGCUCAGGGGUGAGCUCUGUCACCACCAAUGCCUGCCAGGUGCUGAAGGAGAUGAAACGCCCCAUUUGGUUGCUGCCCAGCACCACGUACCUCAUGAUAUGGAUUGUUGUAGACUGUGUCUCCUUCCUGAUGAUCCUCUGGGCCUUCCUCUUGAUGAAGAAAUGCUCCCAGCGAAGGCGGACGGCGGAGUCUGAGACGGACGUGCUGCUCACAAAGAUCAACAGCCUGAUGCAAGACUGACCCCUCAGCAGCCAUGGGGAGGGGCAGCUGGAGAGAUGCACAGCUCAGGCAGGGAGUGCUCCUCUGGCUGGCUCCGAGACUCCUUUCCUUUGCAGCCUCCUGAGCUUGCAGUUCCCUGCAGCCUUCCUGGCUCCUGUUGUGGUGCGGAACUACUCUCAUCCACGAAGACCUGGAGCUGGGUCCCUCGUUCCUGCUGGCAGCGAGGGGACAGAGCUGGGGCAGGGGGCUGCCGGUGCUGCCUUGUGCCCUGGGAGCUGGGCUUUUCUCCAGGACCAAGACCUCAGCCCUGAGGUGCUCGGUUGGACGCUGGUGCGGGUCUGAGUCACUGUUUGGUGCAGGGGUACGGCAGCCUGCUGUCAGCAGCAGCGCUGGUGAUAGGGAUGCCUUGUUUAAAGAGCUGCUGUCCCGUGGCUGGAGAUGAAUAGGAAGGGGGAUGCAGGGUGGCACACGAUGGAGGGGGGAGCAGAGCCCUUUGCGCCCACGUGCUGGGUAUGGCAGCCUGGCCCCUGCUGCUGGCUUUGUGCUUGCUGGUCGGGGUGCCCCCUCCCCCCGUAGCCAGUCCUGUGGUGCUGGGGACAGGGAGCCGGGGCUGGGGGGUGGAGGGAGCCUGGGCCACGGUGCCGCGACAGUGCUGCACAGCGACAGGGGGUGCGCCGGGAGCAGUGUUACUCAGCAUCGAGCACUUUGGACUUGGAGAGGGGAGUCUGUUUCACUUGCUCCUGCCUAUUUAUGUCAAUAAAUCAGCUGAGAGGUAGACGGUC